UUGAGGAAAAAUAAACAUAAGACCCUGUCUUAUUUUCAGGGAAACACAUUAGCUGUGGCACAAGACCUGACUGCUACAUUUCCAGGAACUUGGCAAGCCACCUGUUAAGCGUUUGUAGCUUGAAAGCGGCAGUGGUGGGAGUAUUUACACCACAGAAACAGCAAACACUACAAAUGAGGACUUGCCCCUCCUCCCUCAAAGUUGGUUUACCAGCACACCAGUGAGCCUGUCCCAGAAAAGGUGAUCUUUCCGUCUAGAGCCUGGAAUAAUGAAAGCUGGAGGAAUAGUGCCAAAGCUACCUGCAGCUGACGUAAUUGGCUCGAGAAACGGACCUUUGUUAUUGCAAACCGCUGAGACGUUGAAGUUGUUUGUUACCUGGGCAUCAUCUAGCCAAACCUGAUACGCCACGCUGGUGACACCAGCGAGCGCUCCCUUUAUCUGUCCAGACCUUGGCUGCGGGGAUUUCUUCUAGCUUGUGACGUCACACGCCUGGAGCCCGAAAGGAUCCACACCGCGCUCAGAGACUCCGGACGGGGAAUCCAGGUCUUGGAAGGGUAACGCAAGCUUAGGGAACAAUAGUUACAUUUUAAACAACACUAAACUGGUGCGUCAUUGGAAACCCCUGCUAAACACAAGCCUGUCACUCGCGGACCUGGACGGUUUAAGAGCGACUGCCCCACCGCUUUCGCGUGAAGGCCACAAGCGUCGGUCCCCCUUUGCACCCCCGGAUGCGUGAAUUGAGCGCUGUGUCUUUAAGGGGGACGCGCGGAGGUUUCCCUCCGGGACAAAAUGGAGCCGGGAGGGGCGGCCGCGAUCCCGGGUUCCCGGCCCGCCGCGGCCCCAGCUGCGCUCGGCGGGGCCUGGGUGAGUGCGGGCCGCGACUCUCGCGCGGCCGGGACCGUGGGACCGCAGCUUGGUGGAUGAUCCGUCAGACCUCAGGAGUCAUGCUGCAUGGUUUCUGCUCCUGGCACUUGGGUUGGUUGGAAACCCUGAGGCAAUGACAGGGACCCCCAAGGUCCUUGGGACAUGCCCAACAUCUAAUUUAAAGGCGCUGCAGCAUGCGGAGUGAAGAGCUGGCGGGGACCAUGGAGGAGAGCCGCGGGCCGAGUCCGGGGCUGGCGCCGGCGCCUCCCGGCCGCCUGGGGGCGCCGUACUCCGAGGCCUGGGGGUACUUCCAUCUGGCGCCCGCGCGCCCGGGACACGCGUCGGGCCACUGGGCCACGUGCCGCCUGUGCGGGCAGCAGGUGGGCCGCGGCCCGGGCUUCCACGCAGGGACCUCGGCGCUGUGGCGGCACCUGAGGAGCGCGCACCGGCGGGAGCUGGAGGGGAGCGCUGCCCGCUGCUCGCCGCCCGCCGCGCCCUGCCCGCCGCCCUGCCCCGCCGAGGGCGACUGGGCGCGCCUGCUGGAGCAGAUGGGCGCGCUGGCCGUGCGCGGCAGCCGGCGCGAGCGGGAGCUGGAGCGGCGCGAGGCGGCCGUGGAGCAGGGCGAGCGCGCCCUGGAGCGGCGGCGGCGGGCGCUGCGGGAGGAGGAGCGCGCCGUGGCCCAGGCGCGCCGCGAGCUGCAGGCCGAGCGCGAGGCCCUACAGGCGCGGCUGUGGGAGCUGAGCCUCCGGGAGGGCGCAAUGGGCUGGGCCGCUGCCUCGCCGCCCGCGCCCCUCAAAGAGGAGCCCGAGGGCGACAGGGACGGCUGCGUCAUCACGAAGGUCCUCCUGUAGGGGUUUGGCUAUUCCGCCACCCCACGCCUGAGCUCCGAGUGUGGGCCGCGAGGCCCAGGCACCUCUCAGCCUCCCCUGGCUGGCGCAGUAUCCAGGCCCGCGGCCCUCUGCUGACUCGGAAGCUCCAAAUGCGGGCCCGCCCGCCACCGACGCUGACCUUCAGUGCGAGAUGCACUUUGGAAGCCAGAGCAGAGUCAAAAACCCCGUCCUCAGGGGGAUUUUUGGUACCUGGGUGGCCUUUCGUGGGCAGGUGUGCAAGGGAUGUGGUGGCACACGGGGGAAACCUGAGUGCUCCAGCAGUCCCAUGACCGCAGAUCACCCCGUGCCAAGGCCACUUAGGGCUGGGAACCUGAGCCUGGCGAUUUUGAAAGGACAGAAGCUUCUUUCUACACCUAAGGCUUAUCACCCCAUGUGCCUAUACACCAGGCGGCCCAAGGUGGAGGGUGCAUGGCAGUGAGGAUAAAGCUGUUUACCCAAAGGAGUCUCACUCAUUUCCUAAUGCAUAAUCUGCCCAGCACCACGUUCCGAAAAGGGGACCUUUAGUUUCUGUAACUGCUUUUUACCCCUCAUCGCUAGAGCUUCGUGGGCAGUCCCGCAGAGCCCCGCGUUUUACUCCCCUCCUCCCACACUGCCCAGCCAAUAGCCGGAGCCUGUCUUAGGCAGCCGUCUUACCUUCAGUUCAGACCCAGUGGCAGGUGUGGUACCUUUCUCCUCUUUCAGUCGUUCCAUCUGCUUGCUUGCCAGCAAGACAUCAUCGCCUCAACCCCUAGUCACUGGGAAGGGUGGUUCCUUCCCCACCACGUCUUCACAGUGCUCACUUCUGGGCCAAAGGAGAAAGCAUCCCUCCCACCUAAGGCCACAUCUUCCUGUCAUGUCUAAAUCCAUUCCUCUUCCUCAUUUACUGGGUCUUUGCUGCGUUAGUAUUGCUCGCUCUGUCUCAUUCCCUCCCUUUCCCCAGGCUCUUCUCCCUGAGCAGUGCCCAAGUCUCCCUUGUACUGAAAAGAAAGAUUCAGCCCAAAAAGGUCAGGUAGUCUUUGCUGCCUACACUUCCCAGUUUUGACUCCUUCACUCCUGGUCAGCUUUCCAUGCUACAUCGGAAACCUUUGAAGCCACCACAAUUUCCUAAUGACCAAAUAUGAUGAUUUUUUUUUUCAGCCUUCAUUUUGCUUGAUCUUUCCCUUGAAAUUCCUUUCUUGGGAAGUGGACCGUGCUUUUACUUCAAAGAAUUCUGUUUCCUGAUGUAUACUAGUUCCCAGCUUUUCCUCCGUCCUCUUUGUUUCUCAUUUUUUAAAAUAUCGAUAAAUUCCAAGUAUCCAGAAAAAGUUGAAAGGCUAGUACAAUGAAUACCCAGAUACAUACCCUCUACCCAGAUUGAACAACUUAAGGCUUUGCGAUAUUUACUUUUCCUUCACCCCCAUGCAUAGGUGUAUAUAAUGACAUUUCACCCUUAAGUAUUUUAGCAUAUAUUUCCUAAGAACAAAGACAUUGUUCUACAUGAUUAUAGUAUGAUUAUCAGACCUGGGAAUAUAAUCAAAAGCCUUUAAUAUAGCAUCCUUAAUCAAAAUUCACUAAUUGUCUCAAGAACAUCAUUUUGUCUUUUUUUUUUUUUUAAACCAAGCCCAUUCAAGGUUCAUAAAGUACUUUUGGUUAUGACUCUUCAGUCUCUUUUAGUCUAGAACAACCCCUUUAUAUUUUUCCCCCCAUGAUACUUACUUUUUGAAGUAUCCAGGCCAGCUGUCUUAUCGAAUGUCCUAUAUUCUGGAUUCGUCCGAUUGUUUCUUUGGGCCAAUUUCUACACUCUUGUCUCAUCUCCCUAUAGAGCUAUGGUAAUUUUUUCUGUGCCAGGGAAUCCUGAAUAUCUCUAGCCUUGAGUGUUCUCCCUGGUUCUGGAUCUUCAUGUCCAAACCCCUGCUGCAUGUCUCCACCCCUAUUUUCAAAUAUCCUGCCUCUGAAAUGGAAGGGACAACUCUAUUCAACCCUGCAUCCUACCUCUCACCUGGUAACGUUCACUGGGCUCUCACAAUAUAUUAGGUACAUACCACACACUUUGCAGGUAUUCUCUCACUUUACUCUCACAGCAGGUCCGUGGUAAUACUGUUCCUGCUUUGCAGCUAAGGAAACUAAGCUAGAGAGGGAUUAAGUAGCCUGUGUGAAAUCACAGCUGGGGACUAGUAGAGGUAGGAUCCAGAUGCAGUCAGUCUACCCCUGAUGACCUAGCUACUGUGCUGCUUCUGGAAAACUCUGCUUCCCUUAUUACGGAGGCACCUCACCUGUUUCCUUCUUAACUCCAGCUGAGCAAUUCCAGCUAGUGGAAUUAACUGCAAUUAGUAACAUUAGCAUUUACUGUGUUCACUAUAUGUCAGAGCUGUGCUAAAUGCUUUAUAAGAAUAAUUACCUGCCACACAGCACAACCUCGUGACUUAGGUGCUGUGUCCACUUUGUAGAUGAGACAGGUUCAGGGAGUUAAGAAAUAUCUUCAGAGACACAGCUGCACAGAGGCAGAGUGGGAUUUGAAUUCCAGUCUCACUAAAUCCUAGGCACCUGCUCUGCUAAGCCUGUUGCUACAAAAUACUGUACCUGCCUGCCUUCUGAUGCCACCUACCAAGCUCAAGCCCCAUUUAUUAUUUAUCUGCGAUUCAUCUUCCCAUCCUUAUAUCCCCUACCUGACACACAGCUUGUCUAAAGACAAGGAAUUGUCCUGAGCCAGCUCUGAUUACUUGUAUCAUUUUUCCUGCUCAAAAACCCCCAAGGUCACCUAUCACCUAUUUACUAUAGUGCAAGCUUUGACUUUGUGGCCCAAAAUUCAAGUUCCUCCCCCUCCCCAGCGCCAGUCUUGAUGGCCUCUGCCCUACAUACACUGUAUGCCCCAGCCAUAUUGGACUCUUCUUCCUGACAUGGUCUGGUGUUAGCAUUUAUGUGCCUCUUAAAAAAGCCCCUUUAAUCUCCUUGAGUACAAAAAUUCCUACCCAUUUUCUAAGAGCAUGAAGCUUUCCUUGAUUUCUCAUUUCAAGGCAUUUCCUUACUUCUCCGGACUCCUAGCGUUUUGUAUCUCAAAACCCUCGAAGCAGGCCAUCUAGCAUAUGGCUGUGUGGGUUUCUGUCUUAUUUCCUGGUCAGACCCUGAGCCCUGGGAGGGUAACUGAUUCAUCCUCCCUGCCACAGUGCCUUGCAUACAAUAGGUGCUCAAUAAAUAUUUGAUGCAAUGAACCCAUUCAAUGUGUUUAAGAUUUUUACAAGUUUUUUCUGUAAUUAUAUGAUUCAUUAAUCUUUAAUUCUCUGAGUGAAAUUCAUAACAAAAGCCUACAGAGAAAUAACGAAUACUUUUUUUAACUGUUUCAUCAAUAAAGAUUUAAUAAGGUUCAGUUUGGAGCUGUUCAGCCAUUGUAGCAUAUAAAACUUUUUUUUUAAAAUACAAGUAACACAAAUGUAUUGCCCCAAUCUAGGAAGAAGAGCAGGAAAAAAAAGCCAGCACUAUGUAGCACACUAUAUGUGCUACAUAGCUCUGGCUUUUGUAGCACAUAUAAAAUUGGAACGACACAGAGAAGAUUAUUAGCAUGGCCCCAGCGCAAGGAUAACACGCAAAUUUGUGAAGUGUUUCAUAUUAUUUUAUCAAAAAGACGCUUGCCCUAGAGUGUUUAUUGCAGCACAAGUCACAAUCACAAUGAUG